CGGGUGAGGCCCAGCCUGCCUUGGCGUGGCACUGCUGCAGAGCCAGCCGGUCCGAACUAAGGCCGAAGGACUCGGAGGCCCAGCCGCGGACCGGGAUGGAGCCACGCUCCGGGACGCGUCUCCUCCGGGUCCGGGGGACUGACUCUGCCCGGACGGUCUGAAGUGCGGCCGCCCUGGGGAGGGUGGACGGGCAGGACGGGGCCGAGCCGCUGGCUGACCUUGGCAGGCCGCAUCUGGCGCAGAAGUUUUCAAGUCAUCGAACAUUCAAUGAGCAUCUAUUAUAUACAAGAUGAACAUCUGCAACAAACCCUCCAACAAGACAGCCCCUGAGAAGAGCGUGUGGACAGCACCCUCCCAGGACAGUGGCCCUUCCCCAGAACUGCAGGGCCAGCGGUCUCGCCGGAACGGAUGGAGCUGGCCCCCCCACCCGCUGCAGAUUGUGGCCUGGCUGCUCUACCUCUUCUUCGCUGUGAUUGGCUUUGGGGUGCUUGUUCCCCUCCUGCCUCACCCCUGGGUGCCUGCUGGCUAUGCUUGCAUGGGUGCCAUCUUUGCUGGCCACCUGGUGGUGCACCUGACUGCUGUCUCCAUCGAUCCAGCCGAUGCCAAUGUGCGGGACAAGAGCUAUUCUGGGCCCCUGCCCAUCUUCAACCGCAGCCAGCAUGCACACGUCAUCGAGGACCUGCACUGUAACCUCUGCGACGUGGACGUGAGUGCGCGAUCCAAACACUGCAGCGCCUGUAACAAGUGCGUUUGCGGCUUCGACCAUCAUUGCAAGUGGCUCAACAACUGCGUGGGUGAGAGGAACUAUCGGCUCUUUCUACACAGUGUGGCAUCUGCUUUAUUGGGUGUUCUGCUCCUGGUGCUGGUGGCCACAUAUGUCUUCGUGGAGUUCUUUGUCAACCCCAUGCAGCUUCGUACCAACCAACACUUUGAAGUCUUGAAGAAUCACACAGAUGUGUGGUUUGUGUUCUUGCCUGCUGCCCCUGUGGAGACCCAGGCUCCUGCCAUCCUGGCCCUGGCUGCCCUACUCAUCCUCCUAGGCCUGCUUUCUACAGCCCUGCUCGGCCACCUGCUCUGCUUCCACAUUUAUCUAAUGUGGCACAAGCUUACCACCUAUGAGUACAUCGUGCAGCACCGCCCAGCCCAGGAAGCAAAGGAGACCCACAAGGAGCUUGAGUCGUGCCCCCGCAAGAUGCGGCCCAUUCAGGAGAUGGAGUUUUAUCUGAGGAACUUCAGCCAUGUGCGUCCAGAGCCCUCUGGCCAGGCUAGGCCGGCAGCAUUAAAUGCCAAUCCUUCCCAGUUUCUUGCCACCCAAGGCCAAGUGGAACCACCACUGCCCUCCUCAGACACACUGGCUCUGCCUCCACGGAUCCAACCCCAGAAAAAGAGGAAGCGGCGUGUGUAUAGAUUGCCAAGGUCUGGGGUCUUGGACCUGGAGCCCCCGCUGCCCAGGUUACGGGAAACUGGGACCCCUGGCCGCCACUCCAGCUCUUCGUCGGAUUCCACCAGUGCCAGCCCAGGCGCCUACUACUCCGCAUCAGCCGAGUCCAUGGAAGAGAUUCCAGUGGCCCAGACACGCCUGGGCAGUGCCGCGCUGGGCGCCCCAGGAGCCAGGGGCCGAGAGUCUGGGCUGGCGCUGCAGGCACGUUCGCCGGCCGUGUUCGUGAGCCCGAGCAGCGGCGAGCCCGGGUCACCUGGCGGCGGUGAAGAUGGUCUGCUUUAGUGCGGACUAGAGGCAGGUGGGCCGUGUAGGAAUGGCCGGCCCCACUCUAUGCAACACCCCAUCUUUGCCGCACCGAAUGCGGGCCUCAAGGCCGGCGGGAUCGGCCUCCCUUGCCCAAUACUCAGCAAUAUCCGCUCCACCAGCCCUGAUGUUCCAAUAAACUUUUUUUUUUUUAAAUGCU